UCAAUUUUAAGACUCGUUAAAAAAAGAACAAAUUGUUCAUGACUGACCCAUCACUAGGUCACCAUUUUGUUUUACUGGAAUGAUGAAGAAAUUAUUUAAACAUGUACAACGUACCGAUUAUUUAUACUUUUGUCUUUCUCCUACACCUUCCUCUGUCGCGUUGUGCAGAUUUUGAUUCUCUCAGUUGGAAUACCUUCAGCUCUAAUGGCCUCGGCCUUCCUAGUUUCAUACAGACUAUGACGGUGAAUGAUGUAACGCUCUUUUACUAUGACAGCAACAUGAGGUCGACACCACCAUAUCCUGAAUGGGUUAAAAACACUGCUGCUGAGCCACACUGGGAAGAGGCUAUUGCAGAUAUAUACGUAGACAGGGUAAUUCUUUCUGUAGCACUGCAAACAGCCAUAUUGGAGUUCAACCGCACAGGCACAUUUUCAGAAAAGAAUGUAUACCAAACCUACGGUCACUGUGACCUCUAUCCAGAUGGCACAAUCAAGGCAUCAUUAACCCAUGCAUUCAAUGGAAAUGACUUUAUAAGUUUAGAUAUUGACAAUAAGAGGAUAAUUGCUUCUGUUCCUCAAGCUCUCAAAUAUAAACGUAUCAGGGAGGAUGAUAUAAUCUACCAUGAAAGCUUAGUGUCUUUCUACAAAAAGUACUGUUUUGACCGCCUUAGGGUGUUCUUAAAACAUGCUCCUCAACUCAGCAUAAAAAAUGCUCCAGAGGUCAGGGUCUUUCAAAGGCAGAGAGCAGGUUCCAACAUCCUCAUCUGUCAUGUGACUGGAUUUUACCCCAAAGCGGUACAAGUGAAGUGGUUUGGGGCAGAUUUUCAGCUGCUAGAUGAUGAAAUAAAUGAUGUUCUGCCUAAUGGUGACAGCACAUUUCAGACCCGAAGAAGUUUGAUCAUACCUGAAAAGGGCACAGAAGAUCAGCUCUAUACCUGUGUAGUGUAUCACAGCAGCCUCAGAGAGGGAAAUAUUACAGUCACAUGGGAUAAAGAAGAGAUACCAUUUAAGCUUCCUGUUUGGAUUCUAUUAGGCUGCAUGUUCAUGCUGACUGUAGUUGGGCUUGUAACACGAUACUUCUAUAAAACUAACGCCACUAGGGAACAAGAUGACUACUGAAGAGAAGAUCAAGCUGUUUAUUUAUAACCUCAAACUCAUAUACUGCCCAUAUACAGCUUUUCUCCAUGUUGGAAAUGUGUGCUUUUUCCCGUGUAAAUGUGUGCUUUUUCCCGUGUAAAUGUGUGCUUCUUCCUGUGUAAGUGUAUGAUAUUUCCCGUUUGUGCACAACUACUUUUUCCCAUGUGAGAACUCACUUUCUCCUUAUUUUGCAAGCUAAAAAAUAAAGCUAAUGCACGAAGGACUAUGGGAAUGAGGUCAAAACACAAAUAAACACGGAACCUUGCCAGUGUUAUGCGCUAAAAUGCCCCCACUGCCACGGAUUGUCCCCCUACAUAAUCUCUAUCAAAUAUUAUAUUAGAACAUAAAUUUAUAGGUUUAUGAUUUACAAAUAACAAAUUACACCCAAUGAAUUUAAUCAUAAAAUAAGCAAUAUAAAAAUCCAUGGCAGGGGGUUGGGGGCAUUUUAGCGCAUACCCCUGGCAUGAUUUGGAAUGUUCACUUUGUCCGUGUUGGCCUCAAAAACCCAUAGUGCCUUGCGCCUUAGCUUUAGCAUUUAGCAUUCUUAACUUAAUCAGAAAGAAAGUUCUCGCACAUGGGAGAGAAGCUAUGUCUUUCUGGAGCAUGUUUUUUUCCCUCUUGUGGUCUGUUAUUUUUCCUUUGUAAGUAUAUAAUUUUUCUCUUGUAAGUAUAUUAUUUUUCCUUUGUAUUAAAUGCAUUAUUUUCUCUUCUAAGUACAUAAUUUUUUUUCUUGAAAGUACAUUAUUUUUCACUUGUGAAUGUAUUAUUUUUCCCUUGUAAGUAUAUGAUUUUUCCCUUGUGAGUGUAUAAUUUUUUCUUGAAUAUGGUAUUUAGUGUUGCCAUGAGUUCUUGUUUGUUUCUUCAUCUAAUAUCUUCUAUGUUCUUUUAUC